GUGGAACCAGUAUCCUGUGCCAUUCAAUGAGUGGGAGAUUUUGGUCAAAUUCUCAAUCUAUGGCCGAUCUCAGUCCGGAGCGGAUGGUAUGACGAUAUGGUUGACUGAGGACAGGGCGGAAACGGGGAAUAUAUUUGGAUCUAAAGACUUCUUUAAGGGUCUUGGUCUGAUGAUUGACACGUACGAUAACGAUGGAAAGAGAGACAAUCCCUCUUUGUACGCGGUCAUCGGGGAUGGGAACACAGCGUUCAACCACAACAACGACGGUGGAGAUGCAGUGAUUGGCAAGUGUCGGGUGUAUGCUCGCAACGCAAUCAACCCCCUCACCAUCCGAGCAUCAUACGCAGAUAAGACCUUGAUGGUAUCUGUUGAUGAGACUAGUAACGGCAAAUACUACGAGCCCUGCUUCACUGUUAGUAAAAUUGAAAUACCCACUGGUUACUACUUCGGCGUGUCCGCCGCCACUGGAGGGCUGGCUGACGAUCACAUUGUGCAGUCGUUUCAAACUUUCAGCCGGCAGUCUGCGGCACAGAACGAGCAACGGAAACAAGACGCAACGCUGAAAUUAAGUGAUGAGGAGCACGAGGAUCUCGUACGAAAAUUCGGCGAACACGUGGCCGAAUUCAACGCCAAUCAGAACGCGUAUAAACAGGAGCACAAGGACGAUGCGGACUACCAGGAAGAUCCCAGUGAGGUAGUGAACGGGUACGGCGCGAAGACACUUGAAGCCAUCUCAGAGUUCCAAAGGUCACUGAACGCUAUGUUCCAAUUCGAAAUGAAGGAACUAGACGCCAAUAUCAAAAACAACCACAUCCUAGUACUUCGGCAGCUGAAGACCAUGAAGAAGCAAAUCCAGCAAAUAAACGAGAAGAUGGAACUACAAGGGAAUCUACUGCAUGAAUCUGUCGGGGAGGCCAAGGGCAGCAGCGGCGAUACUAAAUCACUGGAACGCUUAAUUAGUAGCAUGGGCAUCAAGAUUGAUGCGAUGACUGAGAAAGUUGGGGCUUUAGAGCACAAGUACGACCAACUCGAAAAGGGCAUCAAGUUCCAGCAAGAGUCCGGCCACAAAGAUAUCAAGCGUUCAUUGAAGCAGGAGACGCAGAAAAUGAAGGCCCAUGUCGAAGAGGGUGGGAACAGCUACUUUUGGGCGGCUGCUGUGGUAGUGGCUGUACAGGUCGUUUUGCUGAUCGCGUACAUAGUUUUCAAGAAAACAUCCGAGAGGGAAAAGAAAUUCAUAUAGUGCAAGCAGUGGCAAAGAUAGAAACUGCGCAGCCUGUAGCCGGCAAAGUGACUUGCGCGUCUGGAAGUAGACUUUAGACUAUACCAGACUAGACUGGAUCUGGGGGUGUCCCUGAGUACACCGCAAGUGUGGAAACAAUCCCAACAUACAUGCCCAGAAACAGGGGGCCGUUUCCCCUGGAUUCCAUCGAACGAAACGGUUGCACCUACACCGGUGAGAGAAAAGCAAAGUAGCAACGUAGCAAGUGAGGACAUUAAAGUAGGCCGAUGUGAAACUCAGCCGAACUCUGCAGGACUCCCACAUUCGACUGUAGUGCAACAUUUUGCCGAGGGCGUAUACAGGUCAGUCUAGGCCAUGUAGUGGCAUGUGCAUGCUCACUUAGCUACGCAGGCCUGAUAAUUGUAGAUAUAAGCAGUAUACGAAGUACAGAUAUAGACAUGGGGAGCGAGACAUUGUACAGUCAAAGUAUACUCCGAACUGAACGUCAGCGGAAAUGAACUGGUCUGGCCAUAAACUUUAAUACUGUUGCAUGAUGUUGACAAUAUAUAAAUUUGUGAUUCGUGCUACAAACAGAGACAACGACGUAUAUGUCGAUUCCGUCGGUCUGUCUGUCUUUCACGACUUAGGCCACAAUAAAAGGCUCUCCCC